AUGGGACAUGUGACAUCGAUUCAUUCUUCUCAUCCUUCUCUUGUAGAUGUUGAAACAAAGAACCAUCAAGAGAGGGAUGCACGAAUGAAGAAUUCCAUUUCAUCGUUCAAUUCCUCGUCAUCUUCAUCCAAUGGAUCAUCACAACAAUGUGUCAUUUCUGUUAAUUCCCAAUUUUUGAAUGAAAUGGAACAUGUGCAAUUGACAAAAUAUAUCAUGAAUUUAGAGUUUGAAAACCCCAAGUUGUGGAAACAAUAUGUUGUGCAGUAUUAUUUAACUACUCGUUUUCAAUUUCCUAAAAAGGAUUUGACAAUGAGGAAGCGUUCAUCAACGUGGUCAAAUAAUGAGAAAGAACAAAGCUCGACGUUGAAGAAUGAACACAAUUUACAUCCUGUAAAGUAUCGACAUGGUGCUGUAUUAUCCGAGUCAGAUGUCAACCUAUCAAACUUAUCCAUCCAAUAUUCGAGAAUGAUCCUCCUUCUACAGUCGACCAUUCACACUCCUUCUCCAAACUAUUCAAAAAGAGCCCUCCAAACCAAUCUUCUCAAACAAAAUCAGAACCCACCUUAA